CUUCCCAUACCUUUCUUUUUUCUCUUCUUCUUUUCUCGUACACCUGUUGCUCUUUUAAUCUACAUUUCAAGAUGAGUGCUACAGAACCCACUGUCGAAAAGGUCGACAAGAACGUCUCUGACGAUGAAGACGAAGAUAUUGACCAAUUGAUUUUGGACUUGCAAUCUCACCACGGUGCUGCUGAAGGUGAUGAAGAUGAAGAUGAAGAAGAAGAUGCUUCUUCCUUCAAGGCUGUCCCAGAAGAACUCUUGAAGACCGACCCAUCCACCGGUUUGACCGAUGCUGAAGUCACCAAGAGAAGAAAGAAGUAUGGUUUGAACCAAAUGGCUGAAGAAUCCGAAAACUUGGUUCUUAAGUUUAUUAUGUUUUUCGUUGGUCCUAUCCAAUUCGUUAUGGAAGCCGCUGCUAUUUUGGCUGCUGGUUUGGAAGAUUGGGUUGAUUUCGGUGUUAUCUGUGCCUUGUUGUUGUUGAAUGCCUUUGUUGGUUUCAUUCAAGAAUACCAAGCUGGUUCCAUUGUUGAAGAAUUGAAGAAGACUUUGGCCAACACUGCCUUUGUCAUUCGUAACGGUACUCUUGUUGAAGUUCAAUCCAAUGAAAUUGUCCCAGGUGACAUUUUACAAUUGGAAGAUGGUACUGUUAUCCCAGCUGAUGGUCGUAUUGUUUCUGAAGAUUGUUUGUUGCAAGUUGAUCAAUCUGCCAUUACUGGUGAAUCUUUGGCUGUUGACAAGAAGGGUGGUGACUCUUGUUACUCUUCUUCCACUGUUAAGACUGGUGAAGCCUUUAUGGUUGUCACUGCCACUGGUGACUCCACUUUUACCGGUCGUGCUGCUGCUCUUGUUAACAAGGCUGGUGGUGCCGCUGGUCAUUUCACUGAAGUUUUGAACUCUAUUGGUACUAUUUUGCUUGUUUUGGUUAUUGUUACUCUUUUGGUUGUCUGGACUGCUUGUUUCUACAGAACCGUUAAGAUUGUUCCAAUCUUGAGAUACACUCUUGCUAUCACCAUUGUUGGUGUUCCAGUUGGUUUACCAGCCGUUGUUACCACCACCAUGGCUGUUGGUGCCGCCUACUUGGCCAAGAAGCAAGCCAUUGUCCAAAAGUUGUCUGCCAUUGAAUCUCUUGCCGGUGUCGAAAUCUUGUGUUCUGACAAGACCGGUACCUUGACCAAGAACAAGUUGUCUUUGCAUGAACCAUACACUGUCGAAGGUGUCGAAGCCGACGACUUGAUGUUGACUGCCUGUCUCGCUGCCUCCCGUAAGAAGAAGGGUCUUGAUGCCAUUGACAAGGCCUUCCUUAAGUCUUUGAUCUCCUACCCACGUGCCAAGGCCGCCUUGACCAAGUACAAGGUUAUUGAAUUCCAACCUUUUGACCCUGUCUCAAAGAAGGUUACUGCCAUUGUCGAAUCCCCAGAAGGUGAAAGAAUUAUCUGUGUUAAGGGUGCUCCAUUGUUCGUCUUGAAGACUGUUGAAGAUGACCACCCAAUCCCUGAAGAUGUCCACGAAAACUACCAAAACACUGUUGCUGAAUUUGCUUCCAGAGGUUUCAGAUCUCUUGGUGUUGCUAGAAAGAGAGGUGAAGGCCACUGGGAAAUCUUGGGUAUUAUGCCAUGUAUGGAUCCUCCAAGAGAUGACACUGCCCAAACCGUUAACGAAGCCCGUCGUCUUGGUUUAAGAGUUAAGAUGUUGACUGGUGAUGCCGUUGGUAUUGCCAAGGAAACUUGUCGUCAAUUGGGUCUUGGUACCAACAUUUAUGAUGCUGACAGAUUGGGUCUUUCCGGUGGUGGUGACAUGGCUGGUUCUGAAAUUGCUGACUUUGUUGAAAAUGCCGAUGGUUUUGCUGAAGUUUUCCCUCAACACAAGUACAAUGCCGUUGAAAUCUUGCAACAAAGAGGUUACUUGGUUGCCAUGACUGGUGAUGGUGUUAACGAUGCCCCAUCCUUGAAGAAGGCUGACACUGGUAUUGCCGUUGAAGGUGCUACCGAUGCCGCUCGUUCCGCCGCUGAUAUUGUUUUCCUUGCUCCAGGUUUGUCUGCCAUUAUUGAUGCCAUCAAGACUUCUAGACAAAUUUUCCACAGAAUGUACGCUUAUGUUGUUUACAGAAUUGCUUUGUCCUUGCACUUGGAAAUCUUCCUUGGUUUGUGGAUUGCUAUCUUGAACCAAUCCAUGGAUAUUAACUUGAUUGUUUUCAUUGCUAUUUUCGCUGAUGUUGCCACCUUGGCCAUUGCUUACGACAAUGCUCCAUAUGACCCAGCUCCAGUUAAGUGGAACACCCCAAGAUUGUGGGGUAUGUCCAUUAUUCUCGGAAUCAUUUUGGCUGUUGGUACUUGGAUCACCUUGACCACCAUGUUCUUGCCAAAGGGUGGUAUCAUCCAAAACUUUGGUGGUCUUGACGGUAUCUUGUUCUUGCAAAUUUCCUUGACUGAAAACUGGUUGAUUUUCAUCACCAGAGCUCAAGGUCCUUUCUGGUCCUCCAUUCCAUCUUGGCAAUUGUCUGGUGCCGUCUUGAUUGUCGACAUCAUUGCCACUUGUUUCACCUUGUUCGGCUGGUGGUCUCAAAACUGGACCGACAUUGUCACUGUUGUUAGAACUUGGUUGUUCUCCUUCGGUGUCUUCUGUGUCUUGGGUGGUGCUUACUACCUUAUGGCCGGUUCCGAAGCCUUUGACAACAUUUGUAACGGUAGACCAGCUUCUCCAAAGAAGGACCAAAGAUCCCUCGAAGAUUUCUUGGUUUCCAUGCAAAGAGUUUCUACUCAACACGAAAAGUCCACUUAGGUUCUUUUCUCCCCAUCCCCCAUCCCGCACGUUCAGUAAUGGACAACAUUUUUAUCCCAAUUUUUUUAUAUUUUGAUUCCCAUCCCGUCG